CCGGCGAGCCGCAUCCCAUUGUGAGCUUCCGCCUCUAGUUGAAGAUGGCGGCUCCUGGUUUACUGCUGUUCCUCGCUGCCUGCUUUGGCCCGGCCACUUCUCUCUAUUUCCAUAUAGGGGAGACCGAGAAGAAAUGUUUCAUAGAAGAGAUUCCUGAUGAGACGAUGGUCGUAGGGAAUUAUCGUACCCAGUUGUAUGAUAAGCAGAGAGAGGAGUAUCUGCCGGCAACACCUGGACUUGGCAUGUUUGUUGAGGUGAAGGAUCCAGAUGAUAAGGUUAUUCUCUCUCGUCAGUAUGGUUCUGAAGGACGUUUCACUUUUACUUCCCAUACUCCUGGAGAGCAUCAGAUCUGUCUGCAUUCUAACUCCACUAAGUUUGCCCUCUUUGCUGGAGGUAUGCUGCGAGUUCACCUUGAUAUGCAGGUUGGGGAGCAUGCCAAUGAUUAUGUGGAUAUUGCUGCCAAGGACAAGCUAAACACAUUACAAUUACGUGUCCGGCAACUCAUAGAACAAGUGGAACAGAUUCAGAAGGAACAGAAUUACCAGAGAUGGCGAGAGGAGAGGUUCCGACAGACAAGUGAAAGCACCAGUCAGCGGGUCCUAUGGUGGUCCAUCGCUCAGACUUUAAUCCUCGUGACUAUCGGCGUUUGGCAGAUGAAACAUCUAAAGGGCUUCUUUGAAGCAAAGAAACUUGUAUAAACUCCAUAUCAGAAGGGCUUGACCUUUCUCUAAUCCUGUGUCUUCCAUCACUGGCAGGAUUUCUCAGGAUGGGAUUGUACAGCUGGGUGACACCAGUUUGUGGAGCAGAACAAUGUGUUACAGUCACCCAGUUUGGAUUUUAUGUUUGCCAUUUUAAAAUGAGAUUGUACCCUAUCUCCCCUACACUGCUAGUAUUAGACAUCUGCUAUUCCCUUUUUUUUUUUUUUUUUUAAACAUCCUACAGAAAAACCAACUAAAGCAACUUUGAAAAGUUAAAACCCUAUAUGCAUCCCUCAGCUGGAGGUACCCAAACAGUUCACACUUUCUGCCCAAUGCUCUCUGUGCAGGGGGAUCUUUUUUUUUUUUUUUUUUUUUUUUUUCAGGGUGAGGAAGAUUUCUGUAACUUUAUUAUCUUGUAAUUUAAAAAAUGAUAUAGGUAUGUGGGUUGUUGAUUUAUUUUUUUUUUAUCUGGUCAUAAACUCUUUGGUUACCUGAUGACUCAGUAAUGAUGUACAGUAAAUAUCAAGACAGUGGAAGAGAAAAAAAAGUCCGGAAUUAAGGGAGAACUAAACCCUAGAAAGGAAUAGGGCUAGAAACAACAUCUUUUAUAUAUUGAACCAUUCUAAAGGUCCAGCAUCUCUAUAGAAGUAACAAUCCAGGCCUUUAAAGUUAUAGCAGUAAUGAUCCAGGCCUUCAAAGUUAUAGCAGUAAUGAUCAAGGCCUUCAAAGUUAUAGCAGUAAUGAUCCAGGCUUUCAAAGUUAUAGCAGUAAUGAUCAAGGUCUUCAAAGUUAUAGCAGUAAUGAUCCAGGCUUUCAAAGUCACAGAAGUUUCACCCCUAAGCUGAGGGGUUGUUGCAAAUCAUCAAGCAGAAGAUGAUUUGCCUGUGAUAUGAGAUGAUGCUAGAGGGCUAAUUAUCUAAUUCUGAUGCUAAUAGUACUGGUUUCUGAAUUAUUUACUAAUUAGCCUUAUAUUGUGACGUUUAUAUGAUAGAUAAAUAAAUAAAUAAAAGUAUUUUAGGCGUCGACCCUAAGCUCAGUAAGUGACAGCGGCACAGAGUAUGUGCAGUGAAUCAGCAGAAAAGAAGAUGGGGAGCUACUGUGGCAUAUUUGGAGGCACAGAUCUUUAAAGAUCUGUGGUUACCUUGAGCUGGUAUAGAAGUUCAAAACAUAAUGUACAGCAUUUUUGUCCUACUUUUUUGGGUAUGCUUUAGUUUUCCUUUAAGAUUUGUAUAGUCAUUUUUUAUGUGAUAGUCAACUUUUGUUGCUUCAGGUCUUAAGGAACUACAGGUUGCUGUGAGUUGUAGACAAUGAAGCCCCAAAGGUUGCUUGUCACUGGCCAAUUAAAACAUGCAGUUUCCAUUUCAGAUGCUGUUCCUUUUUUUUUUUUUGUCACAAUGAGAUUCAAGGCUUUAUCUCUGGAGUCGUUCGUUGUACUUGCCAUGUACUUUAGGCUAUGGACACACAGGCUGAUGUCAGCGGCUGUUUUCAGCCUGCGUAAUUGGGCUGACAGCCUGUGUGUGACUGCACGCAGGCUGAUAAGAUUCAAAUAAAUGGAGCAGGGGCACUGAGCAGAUCUACUUCUCAGGCUGAAAACAGCUGCUGAUCUACCGCUGACAACAUCCUGUGUGUCCAGGGCCUAAGCCACUCACAGUAUAGCUGCUAUAAAGUGGCCUCCAAUUGUUUUCAGGGAUUUUAGCCACUGGGAUCUAAUAAUUACAUGGAUCCUACUGUUACUGAUCUCUGAUUUUUUUUUUUUUUUUCAAGUUUGGCUUUAAAUAAUAAAGAUUUUUUAAACUGUG